GUGUGAAAACAAACAAAUUCAAAUCCCAUAUCAGUGUGCCCGCGCACUGCUCUUGCCUUGCCAUUUUACCCAUUGCCAGCUGCAGCCACACUGUCGGAACCCGAGAUUUGCAUUUUCCUCUUGUUUUCCUUUUUCGUUUUUCCGUGUCCCCGCUAAGAACCAAAUGCCCAUCCGUACAGGACCACAAAUAAUCGGCAACAACCCACAAUGAGCGCUCGCAGGUCCAGGAGCGGACCAACGCUCAACUUCAAGGCGGUGCUGCUGGGCGAAGGCUGCGUGGGCAAGACGUCACUGGUGCUGCGCUACAUGGAGGACAAGUUCAAUGCCCAACACUUGAGCACGCUGCAGGCCUCGUUUGUCACCCGCAAGGUCACCCUAGAGGAUGGACGGCGGGCGCAGCUAAAUAUCUGGGAUACAGCUGGCCAAGAGCGCUUCCAUGCCCUGGGACCCAUCUAUUAUCGCGGCAGUGAUGGCGCUUUGCUUGUCUACGACAUCACCGAUCAGGAUUCCUUUCAAAAGGUCAAAUCGUGGGUACGAGAAUUACGCCAGAUGCGCGGCACCGAAAUUGGCCUGGUCAUUGUGGGCAACAAGACUGAUUUGGAGGAGCAACGGGCCGUGGAGUAUUCAGAGGCAUUGCAAUAUGCUCGCACCGUGGGUGCCCAAUAUGUAGAGACGUCGGCCAAGGAGAACGAGGGUGUCACGGAGCUCUUUGAGCUACUCACACGCCUUAUGCUCGAGCAGCGUAGCCAGCGGGAACCAGAUGCGAGUCCGUUGCGUUUGCAAAAUGCCAACAACGGUGAUGCGGAUGCGGUGAGCGUCUCUGAUGAAUCAGAGACGACGACGCCAGGUGGUCAGGGGGAUACCGUCGGCCAGCGAUCCUGCUGCGGCAUCUAGCCGCCGCCGUCCCAUUGUGAUAUAAAAUAGUAAUCAUAAAAAACAAGAAAACAACAACAAUGUACUAGUAGACCUGUAGCCGAUGUUCUACCAUCCUGUGUAUAUAUAUUAUCUACUUAUAGCGCGUGUGUUUCUGUUAUCAACCUAAACGUAUCCUUAACCCCUUGUAUUGUAUGUGAUCCUCAUUGUUUGUAACAAAAAUUGCUCAGAUAUUGUUUAUCGUUUUGUUUUCUCGGCACCCCCCCAAAAUUUAUGUACGUUUUGUAGUUUGUAUGCGAAAUUUCGAGUUUGCCAUUUCGGACAUUCGAUUUAUUCUUCAGCUCUUUGUGUGCGCCAAGCAAUAAAUUAUCAUGUACUAGCACUUA